AUGGCAGCCUCUGGACUGAGUGCGAAUGACUCCAGUGUCUUGUCGGCACUAUUCGACCCAGAAGCCUCACUAUCAAGCACUGUCACUAUCAACAGCAGCAGACUUGAUGAUCGAAUACCCAGCAGAGAGAAGAGGUUUCAGGAACAGGAACGACUCGCAUUGCGAUCAAUCAAUCAGGAACAGCCCCAACGAGUUGACAUCGAGCGUUCAAUCGCCCAAUUGACCGAAAUCAUCACAAAUGAACCCUCAUACGCCUCUGCAUGGAACAACAGGGCGCAAGCACGGCGAAUGCUCAUCAGGGACGCAGACCUUCCUGGGAACCCAGGCGUCGUGGCUGAGAUCCUUCAAGACCUUGCCCGGGCAAUUUCACUCUCAACUCUAACCGGACCAAGCGCAACCCUUCUGGACUUUGACGCAAAGGUGCUCGCGUCCGCACAUACACACAGAGGCUAUCUGCUGCUGCUGGCGAGCAAGUCCGACGACAAUCGACAGAUGCUUGCCGCCGUGCCGCAUCUUGAACAUCUUUCGAGAGAGGAUCUGGAGGAAGCUGCGAGCCGGGAGCUCGGGGCGGGAGGUCGCUAUGGAAAUGAGACCGCACGGCAGCUGGCGGUCAAGACCAACCCGUACGCAAAGCUGUGCGGAUCGAUAGUGAGAGAGGCGUUGACGAAGGAGAUCUCCGACUUUUACCAACCUCAUAUAGCCUUGUAG